AUGGGUGGCGUAGGAAGCACAAUCCAGUUCGAGAAGGCUCCUCCGGAGCUCUUUUCCAUCUCCGGUGUCCCGGGGACCUCAGAGAAGAGGGAUGAAGGUCCAUCUUUGCCCGCUUCUGCUUCAUCUAUGAAGCGAAGGCCACCCAUGAGUUUGUGGCUAACACAAGAUGGUGACAAAACACUGGAUGCGGUCAUCCAGGCGCUGCGGUUGUGGGGAAACAGCAGCCAGCAAGUGGAGGCCCCGGAGACACCUUGUCCCAGCAGCUCAUUAGGCUGCUUGUUGGAGCACCACCAGUUGCUUGUCGCCUGGCGCAUGUGCCGCAUAGGUGCUCCAGGGAGGUGCGGCUGCUGCGAGUCGCUUUUGCCCCUUGGUGGAUCCAUAAAAGGGGCCCCCGGGACUCGGGAUGCCUCUGACAAGGGGUUCACAAGACCUUGCAGCAGCAGCAGCAGCAGCAGCAGCAGCAGCAGCAGCAGCACUAACUUGCACAACAGCUCAACUUCAGGGGACACCAGCCCACGAAGGGGAGGGAAGGGAGCUCCGGAUAGGAGCUCGUGGAGGCGUGUCAUCGGCGCGGGGGCCCCUCAGCCUGACCCCUCAAGUUGCUAUUUAGUCAUCCACGCAUACACUGCAGACCAGCAGCAGCAGCCACAGCAACAACGACAAGCUAUGAGACACGUUUCUGAGAGGCCUCCUGACAGGAGACGGAGCAUGACACCUCCAAAGGUCCAAAGCCCCACCGGGACACCGGGGCCCAACGCCGGUUCAACGCAAACCGCACAGAGCAAUGCCAGCAGCAGCGGUAGCAGCAGCUUGAGGGCCGCUGCAGCGCUGCUCAGUGAGGACUUAGCGCAUCUACUAACUCAAGCAGAAACUCGUAUUGCGGCAGACACCCGCCGCCACAGUGUCUGGCAUGCUGUGCACGUGUGUGCCUGCUGCUCGCACAGCCCGCAACAACAUCAGCAGCAGCACGUCACGCGAGGAGAUGUAGGUAGCAGGAUUGGCAACCAGGAGUCCAACAAAGUUCCCAGUACAGGGUCAGGGAACAAUCCUGGGGGACACCAACAGCAGCAGCAGCAGCACCUGUGGGCCGUUUACCUUUGGGAAGGAUUGGAAGCACCUCGCUACAUCCUGGAUCACGCGCGGCUGCGCACACUCCGUCUCGUGGAGGCUCUGGAGAGCUGCGAACAAAGGGGAGUCCCCAUAUCUCCUGCCACACUGUUGCCAUGGGCUUCCUUCGCCGCUAUAUGCCCGCAGCAGGGGGGGCCGAGCUGUUGGCCUACGGUAGAAGCGUGUGAGAGAGGAGAUGGAUCGGGGAGCCCGCAGGAGCAGAAGCCGGUCCUCCUGGAUGGGGUUGCCUUGCUUGAGCGCAAUGUGCUGCUGCUGCGGCUGCUGCUUAGGCUGCCCAGACUAACCUGUGGAGUUUCUCCUUCUAUUCCAACUGUUUCUCGGACUGGUGUUGCAGCUUCAGAGUUGGCGACAGAACCGGAGUCGGUAGCACCACCAACCGCAACCACCACCACAGCAGCAGCAGCAGCAACACCAACAACGACCGCAGCAGCAGCAGUAACGACCGCAGCAGCAGCAGUAGCCAUAGGAGUGCCAGCCUCCCAGCUUGAAGAGGAGGCUGUAGAGGCUUCUCCCGGGAGAGCCGUUCAGAAUGACCAAUUGCAGCGACAGCAGUUGGAGAAACAGCAAACUCGGCAGGAACAUCAAGAGCAAGAGCAACAACGAGAGAGCAGGCCCGCGCACACUGCGCCUGUCGUGCCCCGCCUGACCCUUCCAAUCAAGCUCCUACCCCACUUCCAGUUGCAGCCGUUAGGGAGCAGCCCGAAAUUGGAGGAUUCCAUACCUCUCAGCGGCAGCAAUUCAAAUCGCAGGGGCCCCCCGGACAACGGAAGCCCUCGUCGUCAUGCUGCUGACUUCCCCGGCACCGAGAACAGCUCUUCGCCCUCACCUGGUCCUGUUUCCCCAGCCUCGUCGUCGGGCGAAAUGACCCCUUCGGCAGGUCCAGGGAGAGGACAGCAGCAACAUGGGGCUCCUACCGGCCCCCCCCGACUAGGGGGUAUUCGCCUACAGGGCGUCCCCAAACUAUCCAUUCCCAGACUGGGGGGGUUCGGGGAGAAAAGUCCAUGUGCUGCGGCAGCAACUGUUGGAACAGAAGCAGCAGAGGUUUGUUUGAGCCCCCAAACAGGGGGAAGCAGAGGCCUGUCGACGAUGGUCUUACAAAAGGAGGGAGAGAGAUUAAAUAGCCAGAGAUCAUAUGCUGCCUCCGCCGUUCCACGAGCAGGAGGUGGUAGGGACUCCAGCUCAUCUCUCGAUUUAGCUGCAGCUGGUCCCUCCCCGAAUCAGCAACAACAGACUGUCUCGGCAGGUGCUCGACUGUCAGGUGUUCCAGCACGGUCACCCGGAAGGCUGCACCCCUCGGGCUUGCUAUUCUCUCCUGCUGCCUCUCCGGGGGGUCUGCAGUGUCACAGCAGCGAGGGUAGCAAAGCAGGAUCGUUCAGGGAGAGCUUUGGAUCUCGAAGGAGACGCACUGAGGAGGAGGGCAUGGGCCUGUAUAGCCGCACGCGGCAGCAGCAGCUCGUCAACUUCAGAAGUGUCAUAAGUGAUGUGUAUGAAGGCCGGCUGUUCGUGUCAGGGGCUGCUGCUGCUUGCAACUUAGAGUGUUUGCAGCGAGCCGGUAUAACCCACGUGGUCAACACGAUCGGCGACAUUUGUCCAAACGUGUUUGCUAAUAUCCUUACCUACAAGACGUAUUACCUCAAGGACACACGACAACAGGAUAUCAUGUGUGUUUUUUAUGAUUGCAUAAGGUUCAUAUCGGAAGCGAUCGGCGAGUGCGGCGAGGCAGCAGCGGCAGCGCAUGCUUCUGCUGGUGGUGCUAACGCCCCUUACACAGACUGUGCCGAUAGUCCCACAGGUAGCAACAUAUACAGCAAACAUAGCGACUGCAACAGCAGCAGUGGCGGCAGAAGCAGCAAGGCAUGCCACAGAGUGUUGAUACACUGCAAAGAAGGUGUGUCGAGGUCAGCCACUCUCGCAAUCGCCUUCCUUAUGUGGAGACUCCGCCUGCCUUUUGCUGAGGCUUUUGAACGGAUGAGGAGUCGGCGUGCUAUCUGUAGCCCUAACACAGGCUUCACGUUUCAGUUGCUGCUACUGCAGAAGCGCUUAGGCCUGCGGAAUCCACGCGCGUCUAUCUUAAAUGUCGAUCCCGCUGCUUCAAAAGAUGGACAGGAGGCUCUGAGGAGCCCUCCGUCAAUGGGGGAUCUACUAUCAGAAGCCCCUUCUUCUCCAGGAUCUAACAGGCAUUGCACGACGCCGGGGAAGGGCACAAAAAGAGCGGGGUCUCCCUUGGAGGGCCGCAUCUCCCCAGUUGUACACCCGGCUUCGGGGACCCCCACACCGAGGGCUAUUGGGCCCCGCGCUCCUCCUUCAUCAAUCGUCUCUUCUGAGCUAUCUAGUGCUGCUAGGCUUGCUGAGAAAACCCGAAUCGCAGGGUCGACGCUCGAUGUGGACGAACCAGGGACCCCUAAUAGGGGGCUUGGCCCCAGAGCCCCCCGCAUAUGCGCACCACCUAGACCUGGGGGAGACAGGGGGGAAGGCAGCGGCAUGCCCCCACAAGGAGAUGUCCCUUACGCGUCCAUAAGUUCAACAGCAGCGUUACCACUCGCGCCCCUACCAUCGCCUCCUGCGGCACCAGUUACGGUAGCAGCAGCAGUCGCAGGGACAUCUUCCGUUGUGGAGGAUUGCGUGUUAUUGCUUCAUCUUGUUGUGCAUUCUGCCUACUCCCCCAAUUUCUUACUUUGGUCAGAAAUGACGGAGUGGCAACCAGGGGUGUUGCCCGUAAUCUCGGAACGAGGGGCUUAUAUGUUGAGGGGUGGGGGCCAGGCUUGGGUGUGGAUGGACAGCAGAAGGUGCCUUCGCACGACGGCAGAAGUCCAGGAAGCAGCGCGGAACUAUCAAGAGAACGUGGUGCUUGUAGAACGUCGUAACAUUGAGCUUCACUACAUUUCACCAGGCUCGGAACCGUCAGCCUUCUGGCUGACUCUGGGUAUACGGGAAGGGACAGCACAUCUGGGAACCCCCGAUCUUCUCUCAGGAUUGGAGCCGAUGGCGCCGGAGAAGUCCGAAGAGCCGUUUCGCUGGAGAGACUACUGCGCCUUUGACCUUCCUGCGGAUCUGGGCGAAGUUGGAGUCUCUGAAGGUGCAUUUAUUGCUGCUGGGACCCACCAAGACUCACCAGCGACCCAUAGACCGAACGUGCUGGAGGGAGCAGCAGAGUGGCAGGCAAGGUCGUGUGAAAUAACUUCAGGCCAGCCACAGAGCAGCAGAAACAUGAGCAGCAGAGUAUCUUCCGUUGCGCCAUCGUUGCGACGGUCUUUUGAACUGUGUGGAAACCCCGCGGAUGGGAUAUCAGCAGAAGCACCAGCAACGGGCAGUGCCAAGUCAACAGCUAAGCUGUUCUGUCUCCCAGACCUAGGAGAACCACUGGUCCUAUUUGACUCCGAAGAUCUUCUCCCAGACAAGAUUUUCCUGCUUGUGGCUGAGGGUAACGAGAUUUGUGGCACCGGGGCAGCAGAUGCUGCUGUUUUUUCGUCGUCCACAGCAGCAGCGACAGCGAUAGUCACGGCGUGGUUGUGGGUAGGGGCCAAAGUUGCGUUUUUCCCAGAGAAGGAUCUAGAAACUGUGAAGGCCCAGGUAAUGCAGGCCUUCAACCUCCUGCCCGGUCAGCUACAGCUUUACCUCGAGCGCGAAGGGGACGAGUCAGAGAUUUUCUGGAGCCAUUUUGCCAACGGCUGA